AUGCUGUCUCUCGUUCUUCUCAGCGUCCUAGCUCAAGGGCUGGCAGCCAGCCCCGUCAACAACACCUUCCCUUUCCGCCAACAAUGCCUUUCUUUUGCCAACGCUACCACCAUUGCCGGAGCUGCUUCUGUCUCGACAGAGUUUGUCGCGGCGGGAACAACGCUGGAAUUUCCCAACGCUGAUGCUAGCUGUGGUCGCCCCUCCCAGACCGUGUCAGCGGAUCUAUGCCGUCUUACAGCUCAGAUCGCCACUUCGAAUCGCUCCGGCCUUAAGUUCGAGGCCUGGCUUCCCCAGAACUGGACUGGCCGCUUUCUCAGCACUGGCAAUGGUGGCCUUGGUGGUUGUAUUCAGUAUGAGGAUCUUGACUACGCUAGCUCCUUGGGCUUUGCUGCUGUCGCUACCAACAAUGGCCAUGACGGCGCGAGUGGCGCUUCAUUUUUGAACAAUCCCGACGUGAUCGAGGAUUUUGCCUACCGAGCGCUCCACACGGGCGUCGUCGUUGGGAAAGAUGUCAGCAAGUCGUUCUACGGAAAGGCUCACACGAAGAGCUAUUACCUGGGCUGCUCAACCGGUGGCCGUCAGGGCAUGAAGGAAGCACAAGCAUUCCCCGAGGACUUUGACGGAAUUGUCGCUGGGGCACCCGCGUUCUCUUUCAACAACCUUACAUCGUGGUCCUGCCACUUCCUCCCCCUCACUGGACUUGAAGGAGCCGACACCUUCAUCCCGAUGACGAUGUGGCCCACAAUCCAUGACGACAUUCUUAAGCAGUGCGACGACCUCGAUGGCGUUGCCGACGGCAUCCUGGAAUCGCCUGACUUAUGCGACUACAAGCCGGAUGGUCUGCUCUGCGAGGGAUCCAACUCAACAGACUGCCUUACUCAAAAGCAAAUCGAAACCCUACGUGCUAUCUAUUCGCCCCUUCUUGAUGCCGUAGGUAGCCUGGUCUACCCUCGCAUGCAGCCCGGCGCCGAGCUCACGGGUGCUCCGCAAACCUACUUCACCGGUCAGCCUUUCGGCGCCGCGGACUGGUUCAAAUACGCCAUCUUCAACGACUCCAACUGGGAUCCCAUCACCCUCAAGCCCGAGGACUACGUUACUUCCUCCACAUUGAACCUCUUCAACAUCGAGACGUUUGACGGUGAUCUCUCUCCCUUCCAGAAACGGGGUGGUAAGCUCCUGCAUUACCACGGUCUGGUCGACGGGACCAUUUCGAGCGACAACUCCCCCAGGUACUAUGAGCACGUUUCGAAGACCAUGGGCCUUGAGCCUGCAGCCCUUGAUGAGUUCUAUCGCUUCUUCCGGAUCUCAGGCAUGGCCCACUGCGGCGGCGGCCCAGGUGCCACCUUCAUCGGCAACCAGGCACAGAGUAAUGCAGGCCUUGACCCGGAGCAGAAUGUCCUAAUGGCAAUUGUCCGCUGGGUGGAAGAGGGGGUCGCUCCGGAGGCUAUUUUGGGUACUGCGUUUGUCAAUGGCACGCAGAGUGCAGGCGUUGACUUCAAGCGUAGACACUGCAGAUGGCCCCGUCGAAACGUUUUCCAAGGCGGAGACUACAAGGACGAAAACUCAUGGGCCUGCGUUGAGUAA